CAGCGGCGCUCGGGGCAGAUCUGCUCGCUCACGGUGGACAGUGUCAGAGAGAAGGAGAGUCACGACGAAGAUGGUCUCAAUAAACGGAGUUCCCUUCGCGGAUAGCCUUUGUUGGUGCUGAUUCGGAGUGGACUCCUGGAUAACUCUGCUUUAUAUUCGAACUUCCAGUGCACGUUGAUGGUGCGUCACUGUGCAGGAUCUUUGUUUGAAGAGGCACACAGCCAAUGGGAAAACUGUUCUCCGGGGAGUCACAGUAUAGGGAGCCAGGGGUUUGCCUCUUAAACAUGAGAAGAUGAAUCACAUGUAAUCUGUGCUUUGUUCUUCUAGCUCACACAUACAGGCUUUGCCCCCCAACUGCUGGCAUCUGCUAUAAAUAGGAAUGGAUUGAAACCUUUUUGUCCGGGGGCGGCCUAACCUCCUGUUCAUCUUCAAAUCACCGCUGCUAAAUGAUGUUAUGAGGAGCACCAGAGAUGACUGAUGUGGAACCUGUCGUCUCUGACUUUGCAGCCACAGGCAGGACCGGCCGGAGGAAUGCACUGCCGGACAUUUUAGGUUCCACGGCUGGUCCUGGAGCCGGAGACCUGCCUAAUAAACUAGCUGAGCUUUCGUUGGGAGAUGAUGGAGAACAGGGAGGAGAGAGCUCAUCCUCAGCUGAUCCACCUAAAGAGACCACAGAGGAACAGAAAGGAGAGGGUUCAUAACUCGAUCCAACAGUGAUUGAUUGGACCUCAUUAGAGACUCUCAUGUGAUCUGCCUCCAAUCCUGCCCCAUUGACCAGACAACUGUUACACUCUGUGCUAUGCAACAUCAAGAUGGACAGUCAGAUAUGGGCCAGUGAGAAACAACUCUUUCCUACGACAAGAGUUCAUUCGAAGUGUUGUUUUACAAAUAUUAUAGUUUAUUUCACAACUCAAUGGCUUUGUUUGACUUUUGCCCAAAGGCUCACUGUCACAAUUUUUCAUAACAGUCGGCUGUAUGAAAUAGGACCCGCUUUCCUAUUUCAGAAAGAAAUAUUUUAUUUGGAGACCAAAAUAAAAAAAUAAUGCAUAGUGGCAAAAAUGUCUCUUUUUGCACAUAAAAAGGAAAUGCAUUCCAUUUGGUGAUGUAAGUAAAGUUUUUUAUCUUACAAUAUUUGUCUGUCCUUGUACAACACCACCACAUCUGUGUUUUUUAUGGUAAAAAUGGUGACAUUUUAGCCCGAGGAUAUGAUUCAGUGCUUAUUAACAUGAAAUCUAUUUUCUUCUUGUAAAUAGAGAAUUGUACAUUAUAUUUGCUAGUUUUGUUUAAAAGCCUUUCAUUGUGCGUGUAACAACAACUGUGAACAACUGUUCGAUGUUGAUGUCUGUAAGCUGAAAUUUGAUUGUUAUUUCUGCAAACAUUUGUGCUCAUUUCAUUCUGAAAUCAUAUUAAAGUUAUGAUUGUGG